GAACGGCUCCUCUGCAACUGCUGCAAGCAAAACUGCAGCUAACAAGAACGACAAGGCUGAGAGCAAGACGGGAGAGGCCAAGAAACCCAAGACUGCAGCUCGUCCUCGCCCGGCCUCCACCACCACUCCUGGCACUCCGGCUGCCUCCACUAACGGUGACACCAGCACCAGCCACCGCCGCCGGGUCAUCACCAAACCCCCCGUGCCCAAGCAGACCCCGAUGGAGAAGAAGCCGGCAGUGCCCCGUGCUCAUCGAACCCCCCGGCCUAUCAACGCCCCAACACCGGACCUGAAGAACGUCCGCUCCAAGAUCGGAUCCAUCGACAACAUCAAGUACCAGCCUGGCGGAGGAAAGGUCUCCUCCACCCCGAACAAGACAUCAGACCCCUGUGCCCCUGCGGCCAAGGCCAGAGUGAGUCCCCCUACCAUCUACACCCUCACACCUCACACACUCCCACCUUCUCUCUGCAGUAACCACCCACACAGCCCAUUCUACAUCCACCCAGGACACACCACACCCUCUGCUGUGCCCUGUUAA